AUGGGCGACUUGAUCAUACCUCUCCUACGCGCAGUAUGUUUUGCGCCUGAUAUGGCGGAGGACGUCACACCCCCGGAGGAGCUCGACCUCGAUUACCUGAAGAACAGCGUCUUCCUGCAGAAGACGCCAGACGAUGGACCGCUUCUCUAUCAGUUCGUUCAUCUUCAGUUCGACGCCUCUCGGAUGUUGCUCCCUAGCCCCACCUGGACCACGAUCAGAGGAGGGUCCAACGUCGAGUUCAACCCGCCUCAGUCAGCGCUUUACACGCCUUCUCGCUCGACCACACCUCCGGCGACCACGCAGCGCUACGAUCAGUCUCUGGCGGACGAGACUAUGGCUGUGGAUGAGCUUUUCCAUUUCUAUUUCCCGGAGUACACCACCAUGCCAGACAGAGCACCGGACUGA